AUGGCAGGUCUGAAAGACGAUGGAUGCAGAAUAAAAUUCCUCCAACGUGUGUCUAUUCGUGUUGGAGUAAGGACCAGAAAGAAGCUUAGCGAUGCGGAUUCCUUCACAAAGUGCAUCCAGGACGCUGCAAGGGAAACGCUCCCGGUUCUAUUGCCGCGGAAGAAGUUUGCCUUUGCAUCUGCGGAAACAAAAUCCACGUACAAUUCUGUAUGUGCCGCGCGCAGCGCUGAUGACUUCAACCAGGAAAAGCGUCAUAGAAGGAAGCUGCGUCAUCAACUGCAACAAGACCGCGAUAACUAG